AUGGCUAAAAAGAACAAGAAACGAGCAGCCAAGCAGCAAAACAAACGGAAAGUGGUGGCCUCAAAAACCGUGGAAACACCAGCGUCGGAAACACAAGAACAAGAACAGACGAAACAAGGACGUCGUAAUAAAAACAAUCGAAAUGGGCACCCAGGAAAAAACUGUUUUGGUUUAGGACUAUCAAGCUUGAAACAACAACUCAAAGAACUCGGUUUAUAUCUUAAGGAUAUCGCUGGUGACGGUAACUGCUUGUUUAGAGCGCUCUCAGACCAGCAUUAUGGAAGUCCUGGUAAACAUGCAAAGAUUCGCUCAGAAGUCUGCGACUAUCUGGCAGCUAAUAAGAAACAUUUUAAGCAUUUUGUCGAAGAAGGUCGAUUCGAUGAUCAUAUUGUGCAGAUGCGUAAGCUAGGGACCUAUGGUGGUAACAUGGAACUCGUAGGAUAUGCACAAUUAGAACGAGUCAAUAUAAGAGUAUAUCAGCCGGGAACAAUAUAUGUGAUCACAGGCAAUGGUUUUGAUAGCAAGGAGAGUUCUAAAAAGCUGAAUCGUGAAAGAAAGACACUUCAUAUAGCAUAUCAUAACUGGGAGCAUUACAGUUCGGUGCGUAACCUACGAGGUCCGCAUGACGGUGACCCCGAGAUUAAAUUGUCGGAAGAGGUGAUUACAAAAGAUAGACAAAUUUCAAAGGAGAAUCUGAUGAGGGCUACAUCAGAGAACUCUGAUUCUGAGAAUCUGGAGAUUAUUGGAGCUGAGGAAAUACUACGCAGAAGCGCAAGAAGAAAGUUGGGUUUAAAAAGGCAAACGGAUGCAGGAAGUGGGAGAACAGGACCCCCACCGACGACCCAAAAUAUUGCAGCCGCUGCUGCCUCUCCCGUAGAUAUUCAUUUGUUGAUUCUUCUGGUCCCUCAUGACUUUUCUCGCAUAUGUCCUGAUGUAGAAGCGUGGGUCCAAAACGGACCUCGAUCGGUCCCCUCUUAUUAUUUAUUCAGUCUUCGGCAUUAA